AUGGAAGCCUGCCUCUCCACUUUUUCGUCCUCACAUGCCGAAGCCGGCUUGGCGCUAGGUGGAGGAGUGAAGGAUGAGGAGUCAUACGGCAUGGGAUCAAGUGGAGUCAAUAGCUUUGCGCUUCCUGCCAGCGAUGUGAGUAUCGUGCAGCGAAAUGAUCUUCAGCUUCAUCCUACUGAUUUGAUGUGAGCUCGAAAUGCGUGGCCAAUCGCAGCCCGCGAGGUUUUUGUCCGCAUAUACCGAUGUGGACUCUACCAAUCCUCAAGCUAGAAUCAAAUUGAACCACGGUACCACCACGCUCGCCUUCCGCUUCAAGGGAGGCAUCAUCGUAGCUGUCGACAGUCGAGCUACGGCAGGCAGGUGAGUCUUGUCCCUUCCUCUCGUCUUUCCACUCCAAUCUUUGUCGAGGUGUGCUGAUCCGUCGACAUUGUGCUGCUUAUACUUGGCCAGCUACAUUGCAUCUGGUACAGUCAAGAAGGUGAUCGAGAUAAAUCCUUACUUGUUGGGCACCAUGGCCGGUGGAGCUGCAGGUAGGUCUCCGCUGCCCUUCCUUCCCAGAUGAUGGCAAGGCAAUGCUACUGAUGCACCACUCUUGUCCGUUGCCCGCCUCCCCCCUUUGCACACUCAGACUGUCAGUACUGGGAGACGUACCUGGGCAUUCAGUGCAGGUUACACGAAUUGAGAAACAAGGAGAGAAUCAGCGUAGCUGCCGCUUCCAAGUACCUGUCUAACCUGGUGUAUGGCUACAAAGGCAUGGGUUUGAGUAUGGGCACGAUGAUCUGCGGUUGGGACAAGACAGUGAGUGGAUCAUUCCCACUCAUGCGCCUCUAGCUGAAUCGCACUGACUUCAUGCGCGAUCCUCGUGCACACACGCACAGGGGCCUGCUCUUUUCUACGUCGACUCUGAGGGCUCUCGUUUGAAGGGAGACGUAUUCUCGGUAGGGUCAGGCAGCACGUUUGCAUACGGUGUAUUGGAUCAGCUAUACAGGUGGGAUUUGGAGGAUGACGAAGCUCAAGAGUUGGGCAGGAGGAGCAUCUAUGCUGCUGCUCAUAGAGGUGAGCCUCUUUGUUCCCUUGCUCGCAUCGCGCGCGGUGUAUUCUCGUGCGAGGGGCUCGACGUGGUCUGAUCCAACUCACUCUGUCCCCUCUUGCUCUUCUCGCCUCGUAGAUGCCUACUCGGGCAACAGCAUCAACCUGUACCACGUGCGAGAGAAUGGCUGGGAGUUUAUCGCAAACUACGACGCGACCAAGCGUGAGUGUGGGGGAAUGAAUGCGAGUUGCUUUGCCGUCCUGCACUUACCCUGCCCAAUCUUUUGCUUCCUAGUGCACUACGAUGGCCCAGGGGAUGUGCCAGGCGCGCCAGGUGGAGGUUAUGGCUGGGCGGUGAGGACGGAUGGACUCUCUUCGGAGCUGAAACCUACUGCUGAGCAAGAACAAGCUGGCGAUGUGGCUGGACAUGCGGGCAGCAGAGCUACGGAACAACCACUCGAGGCUCAGAUCAGACCUGGUCAAGCCUAG